AACCGGCUACGCAAUCGGCUUUAAUCUUCACUAAAUAUUUGCCAUCCUUUGUUGUAAAGCGCUUGAUAUGAACGCAAUGUUAGAUCUCUGAAAAUGGUCCGCUACUCUCUCGACCCCGAGAACCCGACAAAGUCAUGCAAGUCGAGGGGCUCCAACCUACGUGUUCACUUUAAGAACACCCGUGAGACGGCCCAGGCCAUCAAAGGCAUGCACAUCCGCAAAGCCAACAAGUACCUGAGAGACGUCAUCGUCAAGCACCAGUGUGUCCCCUUCCGCCGCUACAACGGCGGCGUAGGCAGGUGCGCUCAGGCCAAACAGUUCGGCUGGACGCAGGGUCGCUGGCCAAAAAAGAGUGCAGAGUUCCUGCUGCACAUGCUCAAGAAUGCAGAGAGCAACGCGGAGCUUAAGGGUCUUGACGUGGACUCUCUGGUCAUCGAGCACAUUCAAGUCAACAAGGCGCCAAAGAUGAGGCGACGUACAUAUCGCGCGCACGGCCGCAUCAACCCGUACAUGAGCUCUCCCUGCCACAUCGAGAUGAUCCUCACAGAGAAGGAGCAGAUUGUUCCCAAACCAGAGGAGGAAGUGGCGCAGAAGAAGAAGGUUUCACAGAAGAAGCUCAAGAAGCAGAAGUUGAUGGCACGCGAGUAACUUAAAAUAAAAUCAACUUGUCACCAGGA